CUGAACUUAGGAAUAUGGCUGACGAACGUUUUGACGCGCUGUUGCUUUCCAUUGCGCAGCAGCACAACGGCAUAGAUGCACUGCUGACAACGUUCUUCUCAUUUCUGGAGCGAAAGACUGACUUCUUCACCGCGGCCAGUGAAGAGGAUAUAUACGCAGCGCUGAGGAAAGUGGUCAAGCAACAGAAGGCGGUCUCUGAUAGGAAGCACGGGGCAAGUAGUACCACAGCGAAGGGGGCGAGUGAGACGAGCCGAUCGCAAAACGCCGGCAGUAGUACACGGUCACAGUCUAAGGCUGAUGUAAAGCCGAAAGCAGGCAGCAGUGUCUCGGCUGUACAUGCAGAGGCAGACAACGGUGCUAAGGUUCUGGAGCUGAGCGAUGAGGAUGACUAUGAUGGUGGAGUAUUGGGCGAGCACAGUGCAGCAGUUCGAGAUAGGAGUGAUCGCGUGCGCAUGGAUGAGUAUGUGACUACUACUACAUCGAGUAGCGCUGCAGACGAAAGCACAGGAAAGGCCGAGGAGUUGAGUGAGGACGGUAAACGAAAGGCGAACGAGGGUAACGGAGGCUCCACAGACAAGUACACGUGGACACAGACACUCGACGAAGUAGAGAUGCGCGUCCCAUUGCCUGUGGGGAAGGAUGUGGUGGUGAAAAGUAGAGACGUGGUUGUACGUAUAGACAAAGGUCAUAUCAAGGUGGGUCUGAAGGGCCAGUAUCCACAUCUAGACGCGGACUUGGAGGCGUUGAUUAAGAUUGACGAUUCACUGUGGACUAUUGAGGAUAAGUCGGUGAUCGUCCUGACGCUACAAAAGUCGAAGGGCAUGUGCUGGUGGAGCCGUGCGUGCCAGGGCGAGGAGGAGAUCGACACCAAGACAGUCGAACCACAGAACUCUAACCUCGACGAUCUAGACGGCUCCACCCGCGGCAUGGUGGAGAAGAUGAUGUACGACCAGCGGCAGAAGGAGAUGGGGCUGCCGUCGUCGGAUGAGCAGAAGAAACAGGACAUGAUGAAGAAGUUCAUGGCGGCCAACCCGCAGAUGGACUUUAGCAAUGCGGUGAUCAACUAAGACCCUCGCACAGCAUACCGUGCGAGCCAAGGCUGCGACAGACGAAGCAAGGCUGGGCACGGUAAAGGAGUAUGGGUAAUGGGGAUGGAUGGGGGGUGGAGCGUGGGGUACAGUGUUUGUGCCGCUGGCGAUCGUAGGGCAAGCGGUCGGUGUGUAGAUGUGCUAUGCCUGUUGGGUGAGUCCGAUAGGCAACCAGCCGCAGAGAUACAGACGCUGCCUCGAAUCGAAACAAGGAAUGAAACGGGGACGCGGAACACGAGAAGAAUCUAUGAACCGCAUACGCAGACGCACAGAUACACACGAUACUGUAUUUCACAACCGCUCACUAUCUUUUGGAUAGAACACGGCGUGCCGGUUGACAGAAGGCCGACAUUUGAUACAGACAUACGUGCAAGGCAAGUGAUGUACAGGUGGCUGGACGUAUACUUUGUUCCGUGCAAGACAAACGAUGUACAAGUAGGGUGGGUUAACGUUUACUUUGUUUGGCUAGCCCCGCCCGAUGCCGAUUUGCAGCAGGAACGUCGGAUGACUCCUGGGUGAAUGAAUGCUCGUAGUACCGAGUGAAUGGCCAUACGCUACACACACUCGGGUGUGCGAGGACGUAUGGGUUGUACAUUGUCAGUCAAUCACAUCGUUAUGUGACAGAAAUGCUCAAAACAAUAAAACAGAACUCAAUAUACUUUGAG